GCGGGCAACACCGAACUUGGUAAUCUGUGGUAAUCGAUUUCAAAUACAAUCAUGAUCUUCUUCUUCAUCUCUUCAUCUCUCUCAUCGUACGGUGGUUCAACUGAAAUAUCAUGGAUCCUCUUGAAAAUUCUCUGCUAACUGGACAUUGGGAUUCCAAGCUCACAGAGCUGGAGUCGCGUCCUGGAACUGCAACACUUGCAAAAGACGUCAUUGAUGGUAAAUUUCGGGAAGUGCUAACCUCACCUUGGGGCCGAGCUCUUUUUAGGGCAUCUGGGCUGCAGGAGAAAGGCUAUGAAGAAUCUUUCUCAUGGCAGUUACCAUCUGUAACAGAUGAGGCAGAAAAAGAGAUCAUCCAGAUCAUUCUAGCCGUCGCAUGUUUACAUGCUUUCAUCCAGGCAAACUGGACUGGUCCGGACCUCAAUAUCAAACCAUCGGAAGUGAUCGUGGACGUGAUGAACCCAACCUUGGUUUCUGAUGAGGUCCUUGAUAUGAAGGCGGUGACUGAGCUUGCUUACGGCGGCGAGCCUGCUUACCACCUCGCACAACACGCAACCUUUUUGCGUCUCGCCCAACUCAUUUUCGCCUUGCCAUAUCAUCAUUGCAUAUCCGUUCCCUGGUGGAGAUUACGUACAACAAUCAUUCAUGAACAGUUACUGGACGAGACAGUGCCGCUUCCAACGGACGCCCGUGAUUCCUUAGUGUCCCUGUUGCCGACCCUUACGGGAGAUACGGGAGAUCGCGAUUUGGCUGGUCGUCUGCAGCUAGAGCAGGGUCGACUCGAACACAUCUUUGGUCAUGAUAAAGUCGCUUCCGAUCUAUUUGUUCGAGCGGCACGUGCUACGGGAUUACAGUAUGAACUCUCGGGAGCGCUCGGGAGACGAACGAAGUUUCAACAAAAAGAUCUUAGCCAACUGGUUCUACUUGCAGAGAGUCGGAAAGGGGAUAACUUCCCCGCCGAAGAUGUACCCGACGAUCUUGCCGAUCAGUCACGUACGCCUGUCAACGUGUCUAUCUCAAUAGAUUCCAAUCUCCCUGUUACCUUGGAGUUGAAUGACGACACGCUUCUCGAACAAACUGUAUUCACAUCAUCUGCCCCCUCAUCGGCAACCAGUCUGCUGAGCCAUCUGGAUCCCGUUUCACAACCCCCUUUACACCCACUCGAUCAGUGUAUACUUCUGUCCCUUUGCCUCAAUGUACGGAAUACGUCCCCUUCACACGGCCUCACAAGCGAACAGAUGUCCCCUUACGUCGCACGCGUCAUAUCCCAUCCAAAGAAUUGGUCAGUCCACACUAUGGCUCUGCUUCUACGGUCCCGGCUCGAGUCUACACGCACGCGGACUGUUGAGCGCUCAGUACUCCAGCUCCAAGCCCUCGUAGACCAGAUGCCGACUGCUGAUUCCCCCCUGCCGGAACGGCUGCUUUACUUCCAUUCAAUACCGCUUCCAAGCAAAUGGGAGAUGGAACGCGAACUAGCAUUACGUUUCCUCACCCUUGGGGUGGUAAAAUCAGCCUUAGAGAUCUUCGAACGCCUUGAGAUGUGGGAGGAGGUUGUGAAGUGCUGGCAGUCUAUGGAGAUGACAGACAGAGCGGUUGCCAUUGUACGUGACUUACUUGAGGGCCGCAAAGAGGAAGCAGAGAGUGUGAUUUUGCGGGGUAAAGAUUUACCUUCGCCGCGGCGCGGAAAACUAGAUUCAGCGCGACAGGCGAAGUUGUGGUGUCUUCUCGGAGAUUUAGAACCUGAUAAUGCAGUUGAGCAUUAUGAGCGUGCAUGGGCGCUGUCAAAGGAGACUUCCGGCCGUGCAAUGCGGUCUCUUGGAGGCUACUACUUCGCACGCGGAGAAUUCGAGAAGGCCAUUCCCUGCCUGCAGCGUGCGGUGAAGAUCAAUCCGUUAUUGUCCCGUUCUUGGUUUAUCCUAGGGUGUGCCUAUAUUCGUCUCGAAAAUUGGGAGGGGGCCCGAGAUUCAUUUAGUCGAUGUGUUUCUAUCGACGAUGAAGACGGAGAGAGUUGGAACAAUUUGGCUAGUAUGUACCUCCGUUUGGACCCCUCCCAGAAUAUCUCCGGAUCGAAUGUGAAUGGGGAAGACCAGCCUAGCAAGGCAAAAUCUUUCUCAAACAGGAUGUUGGCAUUCCGUGCUUUAAAACAGGGCUUGAAAUACAGCUAUGACAAUUGGCGCAUGUGGACAAAUUAUAUGAUCGUCGCCAUGGAUGUUGGGGAGCUGUCAGAGGCAUGCCGUGCAUUGACGCGUAUCGUUGAAGAACGGAGUGCAAAAACCGGUGCAGAAUCUGUCGAUGAAGAAGUCCUGGAGCGCUUGGUAAAUGCCGUUACCAGGGUCCCAGUUGACCUCGAUCAGGCAGCUGGGGAUGACGAUAGGAGGCGGGAUGCUGUAACCAAUCCCAACGAGGGUCACGGGCUGCUCAGGAGAGUACUGGAACUUUUUGACCGGACCAUUCUUCCACGCGUGUCAUCUCCUCGCAUCUUCCGCGCCUAUGCACGUCUUCUGACUUGGCAAUCACGGUGGGAAGAUGUGCUGAAAGCCUACCUGGACGGGUAUCGCUGUGGCGUGGCGGGAACGUUUGAGAAGGGAGAGACUGACAUUGAAAAGUGGCGAGAAGCUGUAAAUGAAGUCGAGGACGUGAUGGAUGUUUUAAGAAAUUUCGGGCCGCGGGUGCAAGGCAUCAAUUGGAGACACCAGGGGCGCAGUAUCGUGCGCACGUUUAUGGGGCGCUCAAAAGACUUCGAAGACGAGGCAGAAUGGUCACGCUUGUUAGAGUUGCAAAGCGAGCUGCGCAGCGAAGAGUAGGGAUGAUAUAAUGAUUUUUUUAAUCGAAAACAUGAG